AUGUUUCUGUGGAUUGUUGGAGUGUUGUCGCUGUAUGUGUCGUUGCCCUUUGUGAAAUUUCUCCGUAGCGAUGCUGUCUCUUGGCAUGACAGGUAUGUGCCAAGAGGUAAUUUCACAGAGUGGGUGCAUGCACAGAACUCCAUUGCUCUGGAGAGGUUGCUGGACAACUUCAUCGAUGAGAACGGUGCCAUACUGGCUUCACCCUCUCGAAAUGAGCCCGAUUACUACUACCAGUGGGUAAGAGACAGUGCUAUUGUGGUCAAUACAUUAGUUAAACAGUUGCCUGCAAUUGAACAGAACCUGCAAUAUGAUCAAUUGGUGCAUAGGAGGAUACUCCAGUUCUUGAACAACUCGUUUGUGUUGCAACGCUUGGAUAAUCUCUCCGGUAAAGGAGUUCCAACUUCAAUAAGAGGGUUGGGUGAGCCCAAAUUCAACGUUGACAACACCCAGUUUAACGAAAAUUGGGGCAGACCCCAGAAUGAUGGCCCACCUUUACGAAUAAUUACCAUCUUGAAUUACUUACAACAUUUGAACAACACAGGUAAACAGAUUGAUCACAUUAUUACUCAUAAUGCCAAAGAGGGUUUCCUACCUUUCAAGGUAACAAAAGAUAUAUUUGACAAUAUUCUAUUUUGGGAUUUGCAAUUCAUAGUCGAUGAAUGGAAAAGUGAAAACUUCGACCUAUGGGAAGAAGUUAGGGGACAUCAUUUCUUCACCUCUGUUAUGCAGCUUUAUGCAAUUGAGAGAACAUUACCAAUCGCUAAACAGAAUCACUUAUUGAGAAAAAAAUUUGUGGAAUCUCUGGUGGAUACUAGACAUAAGAUUCGUGAAUUCAUAUUAGACAAUAGGACAGGGUUCAUUUCAAAAUCUGCUAACCACAUCAUAUCAUGCCCGGAGAUCUAUGGCAAGCGCUCGGGUUUAGAUAUUGCGACCAUAUUGGCUAGUAUUUACACCCAUGAUGGUAGUAAUACAUCUGAACAUCUAGACUUAUUUCAUGUGGACAACCGCUAUAUACUGAAUACAUUAUAUGGUCUCACCGAAUCCAUGUCAGACUUGUACCCGAUAAACAAAGAGAACGAGAGGCAUUCAAAGAAGCAUAAUCUAGCCGCUGUGGCACUAGGUAGAUAUCCGGAGGAUGUGUAUGAUGGUGUCGGAAUAUCAGAAGGUAACCCAUGGUACUUAGCCACUGCUGCUGCCGCCGAACACAUGUACAAACUUGCAAGAAAAUUCAUAGAAGAUGAAAAAAGUAUUCCAAUUUCUCCAAGUGACGAAUUUUGGAAAUUUAUUAUCGAGACGGAUAGUAAAGAUAAAUUUGAUGUGAAGUAUCAUUCACACGCAUUCAAUGAAACAAUCAAAUCAUUUGUUGCUUUAGGGGACUCGUUUCUCGACAAAAUCAGAUUACAUGUAGCCGACGAUGGAUCUAUGAGUGAACAAAUAAACAAGUACACAGGGUAUAACCAAGGUGCCUCUGAUCUAACAUGGUCUUAUGGUUCUUAUUUGAAUGCGUAUCAAGCUAGAGAGGAAAUUCUAGCUUAUUUAUCGCAUUGA